UCGGCACUACAGGGCGUUACAAUGCCGACCCUUGCUACUUUGUCAUCAAGUUAGUUUCCUUUGUCUUAGUUAAUAAUCUUCUUUACAUACCGCAACCGCAGACUAACUUGUAAAUGUUACAUGUAUAAAUAUACUUAUAUAUGUAUACAUAUAUGUGUAUAAGUUUACGCCGGUAUUUACUGCUUGAAGCGUGCUUAACGCCACUCGGGCAGCUUUAUUUACGCUAGCUACUUGUUGUUAGCUGUUAGCUGGCACAUAUCUGCUAGCACGACAAUGAAAAUGGCGACAAUAUAUACUGUUUUUAAACACUUCGACGAAGGAAAAGACAAAUUAAUGGAGCUGCCUGCGUUAAACAAAGCCUCAGUGUUGGUCCCACUGUUUGUAAGAAGUGGGAAGCUGCAUACUCUGAUGACUUUGCGUUCUGAAGAGCUAAGGACCAGUGGAGGCGAGGUGUGUUUUCCUGGUGGCAAACAAGAGCCAGGUGACAAAGAUGAAGUGGACACAGCCCUGAGAGAAGCUGAAGAGGAGAUAGGUUUACUUCCUGCUGAUGUCCACGUCGUCUGCACCUUACAGCCCAUCAUCACUAAGAACAAGGUGUUGGUGACCCCAGUGGUGGGCUUCAUCCAGGACUCCUUCAGGACCAGACCAAACCCCGCUGAGGUCAGUGCUGCCUUCACGGUCCCCUUGGACCUCUUCACUUUGGACAAAGACCACCUGGGGGACCCCCGUGCCGCACAGGCCCCAACGCCGUCCUUGUCCUUCCACUUCACCGACCCCCACACGGGAGCCAAGUACCACAUUUGGGGUCUGACCGCCAUGGUGGCCCUCCUAGUGGCCGCCAUCGCUCGCAAGACCACUCCUGAGUUGGAUGUGGGCGUCCGGGCAGAAGAGCUGCAAGUCAUGCUCACACGACUCCUGGAGGAAAGAAGGAGUAAACUCUGACGUAGUUGUUGACUCAUGUGGGGCGGUGGGGGUGUAGCGGGUGGAGCGGCCGUGACAGAAACCAGAGGGUUGCAGGUUCGCUCCCCGCCUCUUGACAUCCAAAUCGCUGCCGUUGUGUCCUUGGGCAGGACACUUUAACCUCUCGGUCCCCUUCAAGGUUUCUCAUUGUGCCAUUGGGUUGAGUUUUGCCUUGCCCUGAUGUGGGAUCUGAGCCCAGGAUGUGGUUGUGGCUUGUGCAGCCCUUUGAGACACUCCUGAUUUAGGGCUAUAUAAGUAACUUUGAUUGAUUGAUUGAAAAUGUUUAUAACGCAGUUCUACAUUUUAUGUAUUCUAAAUGGUAAAUGGGUUAUACUUGUACUACAAUGUGAGAGACAAUUUCUGCAUAUGUGGGAAAUUAAAGUACAAACUCACAUAUAUAUAUAUAUAUAUAUAUAUAUGUAUAGAAGGAAAUAAAGUACAACUACAGUACAUCAAAAACUUUUUUUUAUAUUUAAGAAAAUGAAGUAAAACUACAAUUAAUCCAAAACUUUUUUGAAGUAUAUAAAAAAAUAAAGUAAAACAUUUUUUUUAUAUUUAAGGAAAUAAAGUAAAACUACAAUUAAUUCCAUAACGUUUUUGAAGUAUUUAGGAAUAUAAAGUAAAACUACAGUACAUCCAAAACUUGUUUUUAAUUAUUUAAGAAAAUAAAGUACAACUACAGAACAUCCAAAACUUUUUUAAGUAUUUAAGAAAAUAAAGUAAAACUGCAAUAAAUCCCAAACUUUUUGAAGUAUUUAAGAAAAUAAAGUAAAAAUACAGUACAACCAAAACUUUUUUGAAGUAUUUAAGAAAAUGAAGUAAAACUACGAUAAAUCCAACCCUUUUUUUUGAAGUAUUUAAGAAAAUAAAGUAAAACUACAGUACAUCCAAAACUUGUUUUUAAUUAUUUAAGAAAAUAAAGUACAACUACAGUACAUCCAAAACUUUUUGAAGUAUUUAAGAAAAUAAAUUAAAACUGCAAUAAAUCCCAAACUUUUUGAAGUAUUUAAGAAAAUAAAGUACAACUACAGUACAUCCAAAACUUUUUGAAGUAUUUAAGAAAAUAAAUUAAAACUGCAAUAAAUCCCAAACUUUUUGAAGUAUUUAAGAAAAUAAAGUACAACUACAGUACAUCCAAAACUUUUUUAAGUAUUUAAGAAAAUGAAGUAAAACUUCAGUACAUUCAAAACUUUUUUGAAUUAUUUAGGAAAAUAAAGUAAAACUGGACGAAGUGGCUGGAGAUAGGGAAGUCUGGGCUUCCCUGCUUAGGCUGCUGCCCCCGCGACCCGACCUCGGAUAAGCGGAAGAUGAUGGAUGGAUGGAUGGAUGGAUGGAAUAAAGUAAAACUCCAUCCAUCCAUCCAUCCAUUUCUACCGCUUAUUCUCUUUGGAGGCGCUGGUGCCUAUCUCAGCUAGAAUCGGGCGGAAGGUGACUUACAUGCUGGACAUAUCGCCAGCUCAUCGCAGACUUUUUUGAAGUAUUUCAGAAAAUAAAGUAAAACUACAAUAAAUCCACAACUUUUUUCAAGUAUUUAAAAAAAUAAAGUAAAACUACAGUUCAUCCAAAACUUUUUUCAAGUAUUUCCGAAAAUAAAGUAAAACUACAAUAAAUCCACAACUUUUUUGAACUCCAUCCAUCCAUCCAUUUCUACCGCUUAUCCCCUUUGGAGGCGCUGGUGCCUAUCUCAGCUACAAUCGGGCGGAAGGCGGCUUACAUGCUGGACAAGUCGCCAGCUCAUCGCAGAUUUGUUGAAGUAUUUGAAAUAAUAAAGUAAAACUACAGUACAUCCAAAACUUUUUUGAAGUAUUUCAGAAAAUAAAGUAAAACUACAAUAAAUCCACAACUUUUUUCAAGUAUUUAAAAAAAUAAAGUAAAACUACAGUACAUCCAAAACUUUUUUGAAAUAUUUAAAAAAAUAAAGUAAAACUACAAUUAAUCCAAAACUUUCUCGAAGUAUUUCAGAAAAUAAAGUAAAACUACAAUAAAUCUACAACUUUUUUGAACUCCACCCAUCCAUCCAUUUCUACCGCUUAUCCCCUUUGGAGGCGCUGGUGCCUAUCUCAGCUGCAAUCGGGCGGAAGGCGGCUUACAUGCUGGAAAAGUCGCCAGCUCAUCGCAGACUUUGUUGAAGUAUUCAAAACAAUAAAGUAAAACUACAGUACAUCCAAAACUUUUUUGAAGUAUUGCAGAAAAUAAAGUAAAACUACAAUAAAUCCACAACUUUUUUCAAGUAUUUAAAAAAAUAAAGUAAAACUACAGUACAUCCAAAACUUUUUUGAAGUAUUUAAAAAAAUAAAGUAAAACUACAAUAAAUCUACAACUUUUUUGAACUUCAUCCAUCCAUCCAUUUUUACCGCUUAUUCUCUUUGGAAGCGCCGGUGCCUAUCUCAGCUACAAUCGGGCGGAAGGCGGCGUACACCCUGGACAAGUCGCCAGCUCAUCGCAGUCUUUUUUGAAGUAUUUAAAAUAUAAAGUAAAACUACAGUACAUCCAAAACUUUUUUGAAGUAUUUCAGAAAAUAAAGUAAAACUACAGUACAUCCAAAACUUUUCUGAAGUAUUUCAGAAAAUAAAGUAAAACUACAAUAAACCCACAACUUUUUUGAAGUAUUUAGAAAUAUAAAGUAAAACCACAGUACAUCCAAAACUUUUUUUAAUUAAGAAAAAAAAGUACAACUACAGUACAUCCAAAACUUUUUGAAGUAUUUAAGAAAAUAAAGUAAAACUACAAUAAAUCCCAAACUUUUUGAAGUAUUUAAGAAAAUUAAGUAAAAAUACAGUACAACCAAAACUUUUUUGAAGUAUUUAGGUUGAUUGGCAACACUAAAUGGUCCCUAGAGUGUGAAUGGUAUCUAUCUAUCUGUGUCGGCCCUGUGAUCAGGUGGCGACUUGUCCAGGGUGUACACCGCCUUCCGCCCGAAUCAGCUGAGAUAGGCUCCAACGACCCCGAAUGGGACGAGUGGUAAAAAAUGGAUGGAUGGAUGGAAAGUAAAACUACAGUACAUCCAAAACUUCGACGUAUUUAAGAAAAUAAAGUAAAACUAUAGUACAACCAAAGUUUAUAAUAACUUAUUUAAAAAGUUGUACUUAAGUGUUCUGACUAAAGUGGAAAAAGUGGCAAAUAAUGAAGUGUUUUAUUUUCUCCUAUUGCUGAUUGUUUUGUGUCAUUUACAAUAAAAAAAAUAAAAAUUUAAAUCAAUUCUGUCAUGCAGGAAGCAAACAA